CGGUACCCACCAAAAAUCUCGUUCAGGUUUUCACCCAAGAACGCCAAGAAGAAAAAGAGAGCGAGAAACCGAGAGAAAGUGAGGGAAAAAGAAGAAGAAAGAAAGAAAGAAAUCGAAGAUGGUAGUGGAGGACGCACCAAAGUCUUCGUCAGCCCUCGAGAAUCAGGCGACGAACCCUAACCCUAGGGGUCGCGGAGACGAGGAAGACGACGAGCCGGAAGAGGGAGAGAUCGUCGGAGAGGAGGAUUCGGGUUCUUCGAAGCAAUCGAAGGGAUUAGUUCAUCAGCCGCACCUUCUGGAACAUUCAUGGACGUUCUGGUUCGAUAACCCCAACGCCAAGUCCAAGCAAACUGCUUGGGGUUCCUCCCUUCGCCCGAUCUAUACCUUCACCACCGUCGAGGAAUUCUGGAGCAUUUACAAUAACAUACACCAUCCAAGCAAAUUGGCUGUUGGAGCAGACUUCCAUUGCUUCAAAUUUAAAAUUGAACCAAAAUGGGAGGAUCCUGUUUGUGCUAAUGGAGGGAAAUGGACCAUGACCUUUCAACGGGGGAAGUCAGACACAUAUUGGCUGUAUACAUUGCUGGCAAUGAUCGGAGAGCAAUUCGAUCAUGGAGAUGAAAUUUGUGGUGCUGUUGUCAAUGUCAGAGCCAGGCAGGAAAAGAUAUCUAUUUGGACCAAGAAUGCAACAAAUGAAGCUGCUCAGGUGAGCAUUGGGAAACAAUGGAAGGAGUUCCUUGAUUACAAUGACCCCGUAGGAUUCAUAUUUCAUGAUGACGCAAAGAAGCUUGACAGAGCUGCCAAGAAUCGUUACACAGUAUGAUAUGUAUAGGCUUUUGUUUUUCCAUUGCGAGCCGUAUGUCAAGACUCCAAAUUGCUUUCUUUGAUGCGUCAGAAUUCUAUACUAGAUGCUAGAGGGAAAUGUAACUGCUGCUUGCAUUUCUUUUUUCCUGUUUUGAAUUAGAGGAAUGUGGAAUGGAUUUGUUCGAUUAACUUGCUUCCUCCAAGUUUUGACAAUCCAAUGUUGGAUACCGAGUCCUAUUCUACAUCCUACUUCAUUGAAUGGUUUCUA